CUCGAUUCGUCAGUUAGGGUCACAAAAUCUCAGAAAAAUCUUUUAUACAAUUUAUACACACUCGACAAGUCACUAAUUUAGAAGCUCGGACUUGAAAAUAACAAGCCGCUUGCCGAAUGUCAAUUUUAUUUAUCUAAAUUAAAAUUUAUUAAUUCAUAAGCAAAUUCUAAAAUAUAAGAAAUAAAAAUGGACUUCUGGACCUGCUUUUGUAUAUUUAUAGUAAAUAUUUUUGUUACUUUUGGGGUUGAAUCUACCGAAUGGAACACUCAUGAUUUUAUGAAACGAGAGCAUUCUUUGGUUAAACCUUAUCAAGGAAUGGGUAUGACGAUACCUUAUUGGGAUUUUUUGGGCAGUACUAUGGUAACUAAAAAUUACAUUAAGUUAACCCCGGAUUUGCAGAGUCAACAGGGAGCUAUUUGGAAUUCAGUGCCAUGCAACGUCAGAAAUUGGAACCUAGAAGUUCACUUCAAAGUUCAUGGCAAAGGCCGUGAUCUAUUUGGCGAUGGUUUCGCGAUUUGGUACGCCAAAGAUCGAAUGGCGACUGGUCCAGUGUUUGGGAACAAAGAUUUCUUCCACGGACUUGCUGUUAUUUUAGACACUUACAGCAAUCACAAUGGACCCCAUAAUCAUCAACACCCCUACAUAUCUGCGAUGAUUAACAACGGUUCACUGCACUACGACCAUGACCGUGAUGGAACUCACACUCAAUUGGCUGGUUGUGAAGCCAAGUUCCGUAAUCUGGAUUAUGAUACUCAUAUAUCUAUCAGAUAUGAAGGCGAUACUCUAACAGUAUCGACAGACAUAUCCAACAAAGCAGCCUGGCAAGAAUGCUUCAAAGUAAACGGCAUUAAAUUGCCUACGGGUUAUUACUUUGGAAUAUCCGCUACUACUGGAGACCUAUCAGACCACCACGACAUUCUGUCUGUUAAAUUGUACGAACUCGACUUACCUGACUCUGUAAAAGACACUGAAGACAGAUCUAGUAUCAUUCCCUCAGCAACAUUCUUCGAAUCUCCAAGAGAUCACGUGGAAGAUCCAAAACCUUCUUCUCUUUCUGGUAUCAAGAUCUUCCUACUAAUGUUGGUAGCUGCUUUAGCAAUUAUUGCUUGCGUGGUUAUUGGAAUAAUGUUUUAUCAAAAGCACCAAGAAAACAGUCGCAAAAGAUUCUAUUAAUUAAUUAAUGAUUAGAUAAUUGUGACGAUUAGGUAACAAUAACAAUAAUUAAAAAUUUUAUAUUUUUCAUGUAAAUAAAAUAUAAAUAUCAAGUUCUCUGGGUUGUUGUAAAAAAAAAAAGUCGACUGAAUUUUGUUUAAUUGUCGCUAGUGUGAAAAACAUUCUUACUUAAUUAAUUAAUUAAUUAAUUAAUUAAUUAAUUAAUUAAUUAAUAGUGUGUUCAAUUGAGAGAAUUUUUGGGAUAGAUGCUGCUGCCAAAUAUGUGGACGUAAUUGUAAUUAAUAAAUUAAUUGUAAUUUAA